CCUCCUCCUCCUCCUCCUCCUCCUCCUCCAGCGCCGCGGGCUCCUCGGACAUGGCCGCGGCGGUGGCGGUGGCGGCCGCGUCCCGGCGGCAGUCGUGCUACCUGUGUGACCUGCCUCGCAUGCCCUGGGCCAUGAUCUGGGACUUCACCGAGCCCGUGUGCCGCGGCUGCGUCAACUACGAGGGCGCCGACCGCGUCGAGUUCGUCAUCGAGACGGCGCGGCAGCUCAAGCGGGCGCACGGCUGCUUCCCGGAGGGCCGCUCCCCGCCCGGCGCCGCGGCCCCCUCCGCCGCCAAGCCGCCGCCGCUCUCGGCCAAGGACAUCCUCCUGCAGCAGCAGCAGCAGCAGCAGCAGCUGGGCCACGGCGGCCCCGAGGCCACCCCGCGCGGCCCGCAGGCCCUGGAGCGCUACCCCCUGGCGGCCGCCGCCGAGCGGCCCCCGCGCCUCGGCUCCGACUUUGGCGGCAGCCGCCCGGCCGCGGGCCUGGCCCAGCCGCCGACGCCGCAGCCGCCGCCCGUGAACGGCAUCCUGGUGCCCAACGGCUUCUCCAAGCUGGAGGAGCCCCCGGAGCUGAACCGCCAGAGCCCGAACCCGCGGCGCGGCCACGCCGUGCCGCCCACCCUGGUGCCGCUCAUGAACGGCUCGGCCACGCCGCUGCCCGCCGCGCUCGGCCUCAGCGGCCGCGCCGCCGCCUCGCUGGCCGCCGUGUCCGGGGCCGCGGCCGCCGGCCUGGGCUCGGCGCAGCCUGCCGAACUGAGCUCCCACAAGCGGCCGGCGUCCGUAUCGAGCAGCGCGGCCGCGGAGCACGAGCAGCGCGAGGCGGCCGCCAAGGAGAAGCAGCCGCCGCCGCCCUCGCAUCGCGGCGCGGCCGACAGCCUGGCCGCGGCGGCCGGGCCCACCGAGCUGGGCGCCGAGGGCGCGGGCAAAGGCCGCGGGCCCGGAGAGCAGGACUGGGUCAACAGGCCCAAGACCGUGCGAGACACGCUGCUGGCGCUGCACCAGCACGGCCACUCGGGGCCCUUCGAGAGCAAGUUUAAGAAGGAGCCGGCCCUGACUGCAGGCAGGUUGUUGGGUUUCGAGGCCAACGGGGCCAACGGGUCUAAAGCAGUGGCAAGAACAGCGAGGAAAAGAAAGCCUUCUCCAGAACCAGAAGGUGAAGUCGGGCCCCCUAAGAUCAAUGGAGAGGCACAACCCUGGCUGUCCACACCCACAGAAGGGCUCAAGAUCCCCAUUACUCCUACAUCCUCUUUUGUGUCUCCGCCGCCACCCACUGCCUCACCUCAUUCCAACCGGACCACACCGCCUGAAGCGGCUCAGAACGGCCAGUCCCCCAUGGCAGCCCUGAUCUUAGUGGCAGACAAUGCAGGCGGCAGUCACGCCUCGAAAGACGCCAACCAGGUUCACUCCACUACCAGAAGGAAUAGCAGCAGUCCACCCUCUCCGUCGUCUAUGAACCAAAGAAGGCUAGGCCCCAGAGAGGUGGGGGGCCAGGGGGCAGGCAGCACUGGAGGACUGGAGCCAGUGCACCCUGCCAGCCUCCCAGACUCUUCUCUGGCAGCCAGUGCCCCCCUGUGCUGCACCCUCUGCCACGAGCGGCUGGAGGACACCCACUUUGUGCAGUGCCCGUCUGUCCCUUCGCACAAGUUCUGCUUCCCUUGCUCCAGACAAAGCAUCAAACAGCAGGGAGCUAGCGGAGAGGUCUAUUGUCCCAGCGGGGAAAAAUGCCCUCUGGUGGGCUCCAAUGUCCCCUGGGCCUUUAUGCAAGGGGAAAUUGCGACCAUCCUGGCUGGAGAUGUGAAAGUGAAAAAAGAGAGAGACUCGUGACUUUCCGGUUUCAGAAAAACCCAAUGAUUACCCUUAACUAAAACUGCUUGAAUUGUAUAUAUAUAUAUCUCCAUAUAUAUAUAUAUAUAUAUAUAUAUACACACACAUAUAUGUAUAUAUAUACACACACACAUAUAUAUACAUAUGUAUAUAUAUAUGUAUAUAUAUAUAUCCAAGACAAGGGAAAUGUAGACUUCAUAAACAUGGCUGUAUAAUUUUGAUUUUUUUUUGAAUACGUUGUGUUUCUAUUUUUUUUUUUUUUUUUUUU